AUGCCUGAGGGUUACAAAUACGUUACUUUGGUAUAUGCUAAAUGCAAUUAUCAAGAACGUCGAAGGUUAUGGAGUGCUUUAGAAGACACUAAUACGAAUAACUUGCCCUGGAUUGUUGUUGGAGAUUUUAAUAUCAUUAGAUAUGAUUAUGAACGACGUGGGGGCAAACCUCGAAAUGCUAUGGCCAUGGAAGAAUUUAAUCAUACUAUCGAUAUUUGUGGGAUUAUGGAAAUGCCAUUUAGUGGGCCUUCUCUGUCGUGGUGUAAUGGCCAUUCUAAUUACACACGUAGUUGGGCUCGUCUAGAUCGCAUCUUCUUUAAUGCUUCGGGUUGUAAUCAGUUUCAUGAAGCUCAUGUCAAAUAUCUUCCUCGAACAUCAUCCGAUCAUGCUCCUAUGUUAUUCUCUUUGGUUUGGGAAAGAGAAGUGUUGGGUUCACCCUUAUCCAGACUUGUUGUGAAACAUAAAUCUUUAAAAUCUGCUCUUCGUAUUUGGAAUAAGCAAAUUUUUGGGAGGACAGAAGCCAAUAUUGCGAGAUUGGAGUUGCGCAUUGAGGAAAUUGAAAAAAAUCUUCAGCGGAAUUAUUCUGCGGAUGAGGAACGUGAUCUCUUUGUUUCUCAAUUGGAGCUUAAAACUUAG